CGUCUAUGGUUGCCUAUUUGAAUAGGAAUUAGAAAAUAUUUUCUAACUCCACUUAAAAAUAGUUCACAUCUUUUCAGAAGCUAUGAUUGACAUUAGAUCCCACCUCUAAACCACAAAUGUAUAUGUAUAUAUAAAAUAGUGGGGCUUUCCCCAUAGAAUGGUGAAAAAAUUUUAAACAGUUAAGUCAAUCUCACUAAGUCCAAUUCCAAUUGCAAUGUUAUAUUUAGCAGUUUUAUAUCUUAUUGCGACUGUUCUCGCAACAUCUCCUACUGAUGGAUAUGCUCCAGGAUAUGUUCAAUGUCCUUCUAAUUCCAAAUUAACUAGAGAUGCUACUGGACUUUCUUCAAGUGAAUCCAGUUGGGUUCAAAGUAGAAAAGAAAUUACCAAUGCUGCUUUAUCUACUUUCCUUACCAAUGCUAAUUUAACUGAUUUUGACGUUGAUAGUUUCUUAAGUUCUAAUUCUCCAACUAUUGGUUUAGCUUUCAGUGGUGGUGGUUACAGAGCUAUGUUAACUGGUGCUGGUGAAUUGGCUGCUUUAGAUUCAAGAACUAACAGUGCCAAUAGUGGUUUAAAGGGUUUAUUACAAUCUUCCACUUAUCUUGCUGGUUUAUCAGGUGGUAGUUGGUUAGUUGGUUCGGUUGCUUUAAAUGAUUUCAUUUCGGUUGAUGAAAUUAUUUCCCAAGAUACUUUAUGGAAUUUAAAUAAUUCAAUCUUAGAUCCUGAUGGAAUUGAUGUUAUUGGUAAUACAUUAUAUUGGACUGCAGUUUCAGCUGAAAUUGCUGCUAAACAAUUAGCUGGUUUCAAAGUCACUAUCACUGAUCCAUGGGCCAGAACCUUAUCUUAUCAAUUAUUAACCAACUCCAACCCAUUAGAAGGAUCAGCUUUAUGUUAUUCUGACAUUGUUAACUUGGAUUCUUUCCAAAAUCAUCAAGCUCCAUUCCCAAUUGUUGUUUCUGAUAGUAGAGCUCCAGGACAACUUCUUCUUGAUUCCAAUUCCACUAUUUUUGAGUUCAAUCCUUAUGAAUUUGGUUCUUGGGAUCCUGCCUUAUAUCAAUUCAUUCCAACUCAAUAUAUUGGAUCUGAUUUAGAUGGUGGUGUUCCAGUUAAUUCUUAUGCUUGUGUUAAAGGAUUUGAUAAUGGUGGUUUCGUUAUGGGUACAAGUUCAUCAUUAUUCAAUGAAGUUAUCUUAGAUGUUUCUCAAGUUGAUAUUCCAACUUUCUUAAGUGAUCUUCUUAGUACCUUUGUAUUAGAUCCAGUCACUGCCUUAAGUGUUGAUAUUGCUUAUUAUUCACCAAAUCCAUUUUAUGAAAGUACUAGUGGACGUGGACCAAAUAUCUUUUCUGAAAAUGGUACUCUUUAUUUAGUUGAUGGAGGUGAAGAUGGUCAAAAUAUUCCAUUAGCACCAUUAAUCCAACCAAAUAGAAAUCUUGAUGUUAUUUUCGCUCAUGACAAUUCAGCCGAUACUGAUGAAAACUGGCCUGAUGGAACUUCUUUAGUCUCAACUUAUCAAAGACAAUUCUUACCUAUUGGUAAUGGUACUCAUUUCCCAUAUGUUCCAGAUCAAAAUACUUUCCUUAACUUAAACUUAACUUCCAAACCAACAUUCUUUGGUUGUGAUGCCCAGAACUUAUCCAGUUUAACCGACAAUUAUCUUGAUGUUCCAUUAGUAGUUUAUAUUGCCAACAGACCAUUUUCUUAUUGGACUAAUACCUCAACUUAUAAGAUGGCUUAUAGUUAUGAAGAAAAAAUAGGUAUGAUUCAAAAUGGUUAUGAAAUUGAAACCAGAUUAAACACCACCCUAGAUGAAGAAUGGGCAGCUUGUGUUGGAUGUGCUAUUAUUAGAAGAUCCCAAGAAAGAGCCGGUACCGAACAAUCAGAACAAUGUCAACAAUGUUUUGCUCAAUAUUGUUGGAAUGGAGAUAUUUACACUGGUGACGCACUCGGUGAAAACUAUUCCAAUGAUGGUUUAACUUCUGGAACUGAAUAUUAUAACUCUACCAAUGUGGCUGGUAUCAGUGAUGGAGGUCUCGAUUUAUUCAAAAAGAAGAGAUCAACCAUCAACUAAUUAGAAUUUUAGAUUUGGGUUAUGAAUGAUUUUUUGAUUGUUUUUUUGCAGCAAAAAUGAAAAAAAAUAUAUAAUAAACAAUUUAGAGUAGAGAGAAAAUAAAAGUUUUAAAAAUGAAAAAUUGGUCUUUUUUUUACAUCGUUAAACAUACCAAAAAUAAAUAUGAUUUUAG